GAACGACUGUAGCAGCAAGAGGAAGUUAGUUAUCUGUCAGUUUAAUACAGUAAGAAAUAAUCGAGCGGGAUUCCGAUCACCGUCCCUGGUUUGAUUCCAGUUCUCGAUCAGGAGACACAACACAUGCUGACACCAAACACUGAGCCGGAAAUGAGCUCCGUGCGGAAACGUCGAGGUACCGAUUUACGCGGGACAAAACAAACCAGCACCUCAAGUGGUUCGAAGGAGAAUGUGCCACAGAAGAAAAGACAGUGCUUCCACUUUGACCUGUGGUUCUGUCUAACUCUGCAGAACUGGAUACUGGACUUUGGAAGGCCUAUUGUCAUGAUCAUACUUCCUCUGGAAUGGUUUCCGCUGAACAAGCCCAGUGCUGGAGACUAUUUCCACAUGGCCUACAAUGUUAUAACGCCAUUCCUCAUGCUCAAGCUGAUUGAGCGCAGUCCCCGUGCACUCCCUCGCUCGACUGUCUACCUCUGCAUCAUCACGUUUGUCAUGGGAGCCAGCAUCCACCUGGUUGGAGACUCUAUUAAUCACCGGCUCAUCCUAAGUGGCUACCAGCUCCACCUGUCAGUCAGAGAAAACCCUAUCAUCAAAGACCUGAAACCGACUUCACUGAUCGACUCUUUUGAGCUGUUGUAUUAUUACGACGAACAGUUGGGACAUUUGAUGUGGUAUAUUCCUUUCUUCAUCAUACUGUUCAUCUACUUCACCGGCUGCUUCACCGAGUCAGACCAACAAAAAAAGUUGCCCAUAUGUGGUUGGCUGUUGCUGGGACCUAGCGCUCUCUACUACUGGUACUUGGUUACUGAGGGACAAAUCACUGAACUUUUCCUCCUCACCUUCGUUGCCAUGGUUGCCAUGGUGAUUUAUCAACAGCAAAAAGGCCUCAGCCCUGACAGCAACGGCUUAUUCCUGCUCUGUAGCUUCAGUGUUACUGUGCUCCUAGUGGCACUGUGGGUGGUCUAUCUAUGGAAUGACCCAGUGCUACGGAACAAGUAUCCUGGACUCAUGUAUGUGCCAGAGCCCUGGUCCUAUUACACGUUACAUGUCAAGAACAACCACUGACCCACACAUGCUCCAGAUCUGCAUUACUCUGAGUCUGAGGAAGAACAAAUUGCCUCCCUGUCAUGUUUUUAUGAACCAUCUCUUCGUUUUCCAGCCAGAUGUCCUGUGACUGAGGCGCUGUUUGAAAUUUGAUGAAAAUUAUUUCUGUGCAACAACAGCCUCACUGUCUGACAUAUGGUGCUGCUGGCGUCAGACUGGAAUUUUUUCCUUUUCUUCUAUUUCUGUGCUAAUACAAGUGGGAGUUGUUGUGUUGUGUCUCAUUUUGCAAAUGUGCAUCCAGAUUUGCAAAACUUGUCUGGAUAUGGUGACAUAAGAACCGAGAUUAUGAUGCUGUGGGCCUUCCCUCUGCUUUACCUCACACUUGUGCUUUACACUCACACACUCCAUGGCUUGGGGGUUUUUUUUGUAAGAAAAUUACCAAUGUUUAAUUGGACUCUGGUUAACCCCAAUAGAUUCAUUUUUCAAAAUUGAUCCCACAAAUUGGGUAAAUCAUCUUCAUGCCCCUCUCAGCUUUUGUGAAUCUUUGGGAAUUUGAGGCAUUUGCAAGGUCUAAAAUUCAAAAUGCUCACAUUAAGUGCAGUUGAAUAACAGGUAUAAAACGCCUCAUCCACAGGUUUCUGCCUCAGGUGUAUAUUAAAUGGUCAAUCACAACACAAUAAAGUAUUGAAUAAAUAUUAAAUAUUAACUGAAUCUAAAAAUGCACCUCAUUAACACACACACACACACACACUGUUUUACACUGUCUUGAUUAAAAUAAUCUACUUCA